GAGGAAACGCCCUAAACCACCGACGCCCAGAGGGCUGGUGGGAUUCCGAGCAAGGCUUGGGUUCUGCGUCGCCACAUGCUAGAUGGUCAGGACCAAGGCUGUGGGACGACAUGGCAGACAUGCGAAUGAAGGCGUGGAGUCGGCAACAACAGGAAGUUGGUAUGCAGCCAUCAUGGGCACGCGUACGAGGGCCAACAGGAGCACUCAUCAUGUCGAUGAAGAGGGCGAACUGGACGUGUCCAGCUUGGCACACCAUGCGCAUCAAGGAGGGGUACGACCUAGACUAUCGGGAGAUCUGCCCGAUUGGCGUUGCGGCCAUGCUGCAGCGGGACGUGCAGGCCAAGCCGUGCGAGGAUUGGACCCAGGACGAGCGCCAGUCUCAGGCCGGCACCGUUUGUGACAUCAGCGACCGCGCAGAUGAAGACGAAGGCAAGAUAUGCGAGUGCAACAUCAUGCCCACCGAUAUUUGUCUGGGCUGCGGGCUGGCGGUGGGCACACCUCACCACAGGCUCUACAAGUGCGAGACGCUGAAGGAGCAGCGGCUGCAGUCGCAGCCUGAGUGGCAAGACGUGGCGGAGCAGCAGGAGGGCAACUUGCUGUGGACGCGGGGGCUCAAGUCCGUUGGCAUCGGCGAGGACAUGUACCAGUGCGCGAGCAUGGGCCCUAUUGUCUGCGACGAGUGCCUGACCAUCGGCGACGAGAACCUGUUCACGGGAGACAUUGUGUGCGACGUGCCCACGCUGGACUGCAGCGAAUGGGCGCAGACGGGUUGGGUGGCCAUGUCUCUUACGUCUGAGGACCAGCCCAAGAUGCAGAUGUUGGGCCCGCAACCGUGCACCGUACCCAUGCAUCGGAAGGUCAAGCGGGCGGAGAUGUGGGCUUUCCUCAAGGUCUUACAGAAUGCUCUCCCGCCUUUCGACGCCCACACGGACCGCAGGGGCAUCAUCGAGGGCCUGCAGAAGGGCGAGAUGUGGUGCACCAGCUGGAAGAGACCCCACGCCGAUCUGUGGAAGAGGAUCUGGCACAAGGUCAGGGACCUGGACCUCGACGUCAGCAGGGUCCACCGCGUGACGGCGCACAGGGCGAAGUCGAAGAUCGCGCAGCUCCAGAGGACCGAGCUCAAGACCGCGAAGGGCAACGAGGCCCAGCAGGCUGUGGAGCACUUGGCGUCGAAGGUGCGCUGGGCGGCGAUGAACAUCGGGUGGCGGUACAACAACAUGCCAGUAGAGUGGCCCGACGUACCCGAGCGGGUGCCAGGAGCGCGGAGGGAGAAGCUGGUGAAUCAGACCGUGGCGCUAACCAAGCACGAGGAACACGGCGAGACGAGGAACGUGACGACCGAGAGCAGUGCGAACGUCGAGUGGAGCGUGGCUGAGUUCGACUGUGGUUUCGGGACGCAGGACAUCGGAUUCGGCGCCUCGCUGCAAAUCGACGGCCAAUUCGGGGCCAAGGUGUCGCUGGACUGGGUGCACGGGGUCGGCGGCUACGAGCAGCUGUCGUGCGCAGUCGAGGCGCACACUGGUGGACUUGUCGCCGUGCGUUACGCGCGACCCCCCUACACGAAGAGCCCCGAGGUGUUCGCUCUGUGGCCGGCCGCCAGCGAGGGCGGGAGGGACGUGCGCGGCAUCAGCCUGGGCCUGUUCGGCUUCGAGCCGGAGACGCUGCACCCGUUCCCGCUGGUGAAGGUAAUGUGCACCGCCCAGGCGCUGCUGGCCCCAGACGGCGAGGCGGGCCCCGACCCGCUGGAGCUGCACCUGUACCUGCGGAGCCGCGGGACC